AUGUUUCGUGGUAAAUUUGAUGUUGUUAAAGUCCUAGACACUUUAGGAAGCAACAUGAAGAAAGUUGAUAUCCCGAAUACAAUAUCUAUUUUAGCAUUUGAAGUGGCUAAUACUAUUGUGAAAGGGUACAAUUUGAUGCAAUCCCUUUCAGAAGAAAACAUACAAAUCUUUUUAAAGGAAAUAUUGUAUUCGGAAGGGGUGCAAUUGUUGGUUUCUACGGAUAUAAAGGAGUUGUUAAGUAUUGCAAAUGCCGACAAGAGAGAGGAAUUUGAAGUGUUCUUGAAAGAGGUGGUGAGAUUUGGAAAUCGGAGUAGGGAUGCACAAUUGCAUCAAUUGAAUCGUUACUUUUCAAGGUUGCGUUUGGAACCCAUAAAAACAAAACACCUUCAAAAAGAGGUGGAGAUCGCGAUGCAAGAACUCACCAAUCUUGCUCAGUAUACUUAUGAAUUGUUCCACGAGUUACAUGCUUUGGAAAGAUCUGAAAACUUAUAUUCGUGUAAGAUUGAGGAAGUGGAAUCUCAGAAUCUUCCUCGAAAAGGAAAGAGUCUCAUGGUAUUACAAAGUGAGCUAAAGAAUCAAAGAAAACUUGUGAGCAAUUUGAAAAAGAAAUCUCUUUGGUCCAAAAAUUUAGAAGAGGUUAUGUAUAAGCUUGUAGAUGUUGUCACCUUCAUUCAUUGCGUAAUUGUGGAUUCUUUUGAGGAGAAUGUUGAAAGAAAGAAGGCGAAUAAGAAAACCGAAAGAUUAGGUAUCCAUGGUCUUGCUUUACACUAUGCCAAUUUAAUCACUCAGAUGGACAUCAUUGCAUCUCGUUCAAUCUGUGUACUUCCUAACAUGAGGGAUAAAUUAUACAACGAUUUACCAGCUAGUGUAAAAGCAGGAUUACGUUAUCGCUUAAGAGAUCUUGAUUCCAAAGAAGUGAUGACAAUGACUCAGAUUAAGGCGGAAAUGGAAAAAGUUCUUCAGUGGCUCAUUCCCAUAGCGAUUGAUACAGUCAAAGCACAUCAUUGUUUUGGAUGUGUGGGAGAGUGGACAAAGACAGGAAAUGAAUUUCGAAAGAAGACAUCAACAGGCAACAACAUAAUUCGACUUCAAACACUAUAUCACGCAGAUAAACAAAAAAUGGAUCGGACCGGAUUUUUGGGGGUUAUUCAAUUAUUCAGUCGUCAUUUCGUGCUUUACCGACGCAGUCCGAUUCCUCAAUAUGACAAAGAAGUAGAUCCAUAUGAAGGGUUAUUCGUAUAUGAGCAUACCAAAAUUCUCAGGAUCAAAGAACAGCCGGAAGAUCCACACCAGAUUGAUGCUUAUUUGGUGAUGGUUAGUGAUAUAUGA